GGCUUGUAAUAGUGGAAACAUUGACCAGCUCAAGGCGAAAAGAAAACGAUCUGCAAAUUGGGAUACCUUAGAAAAGAUUUAAUGAAUUAAAUAGCCGGGAGAGAGAUUUAGCUGAAAUAAAACAACAAUGGCGUACAAUGAAAUUAGAUGCUAAAAAAAUAUGUCCCAGGUAAAGACAUCUAUCAAAUGUAUUGGUGGAGGACCAAAGCCUCCUAGCCCAGAUCCGGAAACAAUAGACAUCUUAAGUAUGAUUCCACAGGAAUUUGAAACAGAUAUCUUCGACAGUGACAGCAUAGCGAAUCAAGAGGUGGAAUGUGUCAUGUCAACGCAAGAGUAUGUUCUCACUCCAUUAGAUAAGAAAGAGAAUGUGGAAGAGAAUAUCACACCACAACCUGUGAAGAAGAUUAAUUUAUUUAAACCUUGUGGAACAAAACGGAAACUACCAUUUAAUGAAAUGAAGCAUAAUGAACAGACUGCAAAACGUGAGGAACGGGACUUCACAAGAGAGCGCCAUAUGGUUCUUGUCAAUUGCAUAAGGGAGGAACAUGAGCUAAAAAUGAAAAAUAUGUUAGAAGCUCAGAGUUUUAUUAAAGAAGAGCAUGACCUUCAAGUUGAAAAAUUAAAAUUGGAAAUUUUGUUGUUAAAAUCUAAAUUAAAAUAAUACAAUGCUACAGCUAAAAGUGUGUUUCAAUGAACAAUCUUCUUGUUUCUU